CAGACGUAAUAAAUAAACGAUUGAAUACUACAAGCAGGCUGUUAUAUAUUGGAGAAACAUUCUCUAGAACAUAUCUGGAUAAGACUUCAAUAACAUUAAAAUGUGGUUGAUUAUUUUCACUAUUCUGUCAUAUACCUGUUUUGGAUUUAUGCAUCGACAAAUUGAGGCGUAGUAUGGAGAAAAUAUACAAUACAAUUUUCAUAAUAGCAUGCACUAUCUAUGGAUGUACCGUCAAUGGAUGCCCUUCCUUAUGUAGAUGCACGAGCACGAAUGUGGUGUAUUGCAGCGGAAAAUCUCUAACGACAGUCCCGUCUAAUAUACCGAAUUCAACCACUUUAUUGUAUAUUAGCCAAAAUAAGAUUACCCUGAAAGAUGAUUACGCAUUUGCUGGAUUGUCGGCUCUUAAAAUUAUGUAUAUUAACGACAAUAAAAUUACCCGGAUAAAUGAACACUCAUUUGACGGAUUAUCGGCUCUAACACAUUUGUAUAUACACGGCAAUAACAUUACCAUAAUAGAUGGACACUCAUUCGACGGAUUGUCGGCUUUAACACAUUUGUACUUAGAAGAAAAUACUCUGGACUGUUCCAAAUGCGAAUUAAAAAAGUUUAAGGCUUUUUUGCUUACUACUAAGCGUGUAUUUGUUGGCGGUGCAUCGUGCGAUGGCAGGCCCUUAAUUUAUCACAACUUCAAUAACUGCAAAGAAACAAUAACGACAGAAGCAUUUCCAUCUUCUGCUGGAAAAGAUAACCCAGAAAGUACAACUGAGAGCAUUACAGGUAAUCAAGCCAGUACAACGAAGAGUACUACAGUUUCUUGUAUUGUUCUCGUCGUACUAUUGCAAAUAUUCGAUUUCAUGAUUGCAUCAAGUGUUUCCAUCAGUUAACCAUAGUGAUAUCACAUGGUAAGGUAUACAACAAACUCAAAAUAUCGUUUAUAUAUCGUGUGGAGUUUGCUUUUUUCUCAUUCUCAGCUGCAGUAUAGCUUCUUUUCAUGUAGGCAAAAAAUAUCAAAGCGCACAAAUAAAUAAAAAAUCGGGACGAAAUCAAUUUAUAAAUAUAAAUAACGGAACUGAGGUUGAAAGAGACGCUCAAAUGAGCCCCAACAUUGCGACAUCCAGGGGAAAUGGUCAAGAUGAUGCCGAAAUUGACGAACUUGAGAUGCCAGAUUUAAGUUGAUUGUCAAUACAUAUGUUUAAUAACGACAACUCAAAUGUUUCGUCUGAUAGAAUUCGACUCCCGACCGAUGUCUAUCUGAACCAAUAUCAAUCAUUGAUGCCUCAUUUGCAGCAGCCCUUGAACGUUAACAAGAAUUCCGAAGAAGAGAAGAGAACAAAGCAUAUACCAAUUUAUAUCAACCUCUACGGUCAAAUCAACAGUUUGAAAACAAUUUGCAAACUGUACCAGUAUACACUAUUUUGAAGUUAUAGAGGAACCAAUCGGCAGUAAAAAACGAUCAAAUCAUAAAACCUGCUCCGGACAAAAUGAUGAGAAACACAUCGAAAAGACAGAUCAAUCAUGUCAAAAUCAGUACGAUAUGUGUUUACUUAAGGCAUGUCAAGGUUGAAUUUCAAUAAGUAAGAUUUUUUUAAACAGAAAUGUAAAAUAUUUGAAUAGUUCAUGAAGAAAUUGUAAAAACACUCUCCGAUAUGACAUAUUAUAAGCUAUGUACAUUAUUUUAUUUGAUGCCAUUUUGUCCAAGGUUUUGUUUAUCUUUUUGUUUUGCAUACUGGAUUUAAAUACUGUAUUGCCAUUGUAUUAUAGAUCAAAUGUAUUCGUUCAGUCGUAUAAAUAUAUUUAGACUCGUU